UUCCUAUCUCUCUUCGCAGUCCCUCUCCAAUUCUCGCUGCAACGCUCGUUGUUGCGCAGCACAUCGACUCGAUUUCAAAAGCACGCAUGGAGGCCGCGGUGGUCGUCUACUUGCUGCUGUGGUACGUCGGCAACUACUACUUCAACAUCUUCAACAAGGCAGCGGGAAUCGCGAGCGGUGGCGCGGCCUUUGCAUUCACGCUCGCGUCGCUGCAGCUCGUCAUCGGUUCCGGUUGGGUGGUGUCGCUCUGGGUGCUGGGCCUGCGACAGCGCCCGGCCCUCUCUGCCAGCCAGGCGCUGCGGCUGCUCCCGCUCGGACUCGUCACCGCCGUCGCGCACGGCAGCGCGAUAUACGCCAACCUCGCCGGCAGCCUCUCCUUCUCGCAAAUCGUCAAGGCGGGCGAGCCGGCCUUCGCCGCGGCCGUCGGCUACGGCGUCUAUCGCAACGGCGUCUCGUGGCGCAAGCUCUUGUGCCUCGUGCCGGUGAUCGGAGGCAUCGCCAUCGCCUCUGCCACCGAACUCGACUACACACUCGCCUCGUUCGCCGCCGUCAGCCUCGCCAACCUCGCGGCCGCCUUCCGCGGCUGCGAGAACAAGCGCGUGAUGGCGGGAGAGCUGCAGUCGGCGCUCGGCGGCGAGGGGAACGCGUACGGCGUGACGACGCUCUGGGCCGCCCUGCUCCUGCUGCCCGCGAUCUUCGCCACGGGCGAGUACGAGAGGCGGAGCGAGUUUGUCGCGCUGUGGCGCGCGGACGGGGGGGAGGGCGGCGGCUUGCGCUUCAACGCCGUGCUCUCGGGGCUCCUCUUCUACCUCUACAACGAGGUCUCGACGCGAGCGCUGCGGCAUCUCUCCGGCGUCGGCCAUUCGGUCGCCAACACGGCGAAGCGCGCCGUCGUCAUCGUCGGCUCCGCCGUCGCGUUUGGCGAGCAGAUGGACCGGCCAAAGGCGGUCGGGUGCGCCAUCGCCAUCGCCGGCACUUUUCUCUACGCCAUUGCCGAUGACAUCCCGCGGCUGGGAGGGGGCACAAAGAGGGACUGACGGCUUGCGCGGCAGCGGGCAGGCACAGCCAGCGCUGGCUGCGACAGCUCUCCGUCAGGGCGGCGCGGUCUGCGGGGAGAGAGACCAGAGAGCCUCGGCGCAUGUCCACAGUCCGCACACGAGAAGAGAAGACAAAAA